UGUCGUGUUGCACUGAGGUGCAUAGAUGGUGUCAAUACUGCUGCGUCAUCUGGUUCUCCAGCUUCCCUCCUCCUCCUCCUUCUUCUUCUUCUUCUUCUGAGGCAUCCAACUCGAACCCACGGUGUGGAUAAGGGGGUGGUUGAUGGAGUAUCCACGAGGUCAUUCAACCUCACUCACGCAAACGAUGGUUUACCAACCAUUGCUGUCAAUUUCGGAGAGGUCGAGGCGGCUGAAAACACGGGUAAACUCAGCUCUGCAGAUCUCUCCCUCUCUCUCUCUCUCUGUCCCUACGCUUGUGCGUGUGUGCCUCGGUGGCAAUUGCCGAAACCACCGCACACACCCAAUCAACCAACAACUGUCGGGUGUGAGUGUGGUACCGAGCCCCCUGGUGGAGCAACAGCGGUGAUGGCCAAUGGGACACCUCGAGUCGACGUUGGCGCACCAGCAUCCGAUGCAAGUUGCCUUUCCCUCCUCCCCCACAACUUCCAGUUCAGCCUGCUCACGGUCAAACACACUGGCCGUGACCUCGAGCGUGUGUCAGGACUGCCGUUGUCUCCAGUGAUGGACAAGUCGAAUCUGGUUGAUUGCCAGGUCAAGUUCCUCUCCUUCGCAAUGCUUCCCCUCGCCGAACUGCUUAUUUCAAUCAUUCCUGCCCUCAAGUCGUGCUUUCUGAUCCCCACCCAAAAGCAAUUAGCCCACUACAGACAGAAGCAGAAGAUGGUGGCCGAUUCAGACGAGCAGCCAUCUGAGAUGGAGGAGACAGUGGCGACAUCGGCAAAGGCGGCGGAGACGAACGAUGAUGUGGAAGAUGACGCCUCCGAGGCAGCGCUGCCUGUGGCCAUUCUGCCCAUCUCCCUCAAUAACUGCUUUGCCGUCUCUCACUCCCUCACAACCGAACACCACAACUCUCACCCGUUUCCGUCUGACGGAUGCGUUGACGAGGAAGCGAAUUUAGAAGGUGUCAGCACGUCUCCAGCAUUGGCAAUCCCCAACUCGAUGGACUUCCUCUCGACUCAUUUGCACAAUUCCUCUGGCGCCGACCGACAAGGCAUCAGCGCCUCCAAUCCCGACCGUGAGUCGGCGUACCACCAGCCGCACAGCCACCACCAGCGCACCUCGAUAGUGUCGUCGGCGGGACUGAUCGCGGCGGAGCUUGCCCCUCCCCACCGGCCUUUGCGUCGGUCCCUGGGGGAGCUGCCCUGGUCCACCCAUGCCCUCUUGCUGACCCCUCUCGAGGGUGGCUAUUGCAUUGCUCAGCCGCAUCAGCCGCCCAACACUGCAAGCCGAAUGAGCGGUGAAUUCUGCCUCAGUCGGACAGACGAGUCGAAGACCUGUCCGUGA